GGACUAAUUGUUUGGAUUUGGUGCCAAAAAAGUCUACAAUUUUGGGGAAAACAAGAGCGAUCGAUUUCUCAAAAUCGAAGGUAGUUUUAGGGUUUCGAUUUUUAUAGAUAAUUUUGAGAAUUUUUUGUCACUUUUAUCUGCAAUUGUGACAAUGGCCGUAGCUUCUGAUCACGACGACGCCACCAAAAUUUGCAGUCACUGUGACAGAGCUAUUCCCUCUUCAAAUCUUGAUCUGCAUUACACUCACUGCUCCCGCAAUUUAGAAAAAUGUAAAAUCUGUGGUGAUAUGGUUCCCAAAAAGCAUGCUGAAGAACAUUACUCAAGCACCCAUGCUCCGGUGUAUUGUUCACUGUGCAACGAGAUGAUGGCACCAGAAAACUUAGCACUGCACAAAGGUGAAAAGUGCCCUCAACGUAUCGCAACAUGUGAUUACUGCGAGUUUCCUUUGCCUGCGAUAGACCUUUCUGAGCAUCAGGAAGUUUGUGGAAAUAGAACAGAGCUCUGUCAUCUGUGUAACAGAUACAUCCGACUCCGAGAAAGAAUUGCCCAUGAAGUGUCAUGCAAUGGUGUUCCGAAUACUACACCUGAAACUUCCAGGGCAACAAGGGAAGCUGAACGAGAGCAUGCUCCUAGAAGAAGGCCACCGCCCCGCGACUUCUCUACACGAAGACUUGUAUUCACCAUAGCAAUAACUGGCAUCGCAGUUCUGUUGGGGUCGUUACUUUUCCAAAGCAAACCAGACCAGGCUCAGCUUCAUUAAAAAAAACAUGGUUUGGUUUUGCAUUUGUGCCGAUAUCACAACUUAUGUUUUAUGUGUUUGUUGUAACUUGUAGGUGACAUAUGUUGCCAUCCUCUUCUGUUUCGUAUAUAUGAAGGUAUAUCCUUUUUCCCCGAGUCAUAUUCAAAGGAAUAAUGUUGUAAUAAUACCUGAAAUACUUUUUGUAAAGUUUCAUGUGAUAUCUAUUGUAACUCUAUGUUGUUGUAUA